AUAGACUCAUCAAUUCGCAGUCUAAAAGCUAUACUACUCCACAACACGAACGUUCUAGCUCCGAUACCUAUAGCUCAUUCUACAGUCAUGAAGGAAUCGUAUGAAAACGUGAGUAUAGUUCUUGAUAAAAUAAAAUACUCUGAUCAUAACUGGCUUCUAUGUGGUGAUUUGAAAAUUAUAGGGAUCAUCCUGGGAAUGCAAAGUGGUAACAUCAAAUAUCCCUGCUUUUUAUGUCUCUUCGAUAGCAGAGAUCGAUCAAAUCAUUAUAAAAAGAAGAAUUGGCCAGAACGUAAGUCCUUGGAACCUGGAUCACCUAAUGUUUUGAAAGCGCCUCUCGUAGAUGUAUCAAAAAUUUUAGUGCCACCUUUACAUCUGAAACUUGGGCUAAUGACUCAGUUCGUCAAGGCUUUGGAUAAGACUGGCAAAUGUUUUGAAUACAUCGCAAAAAAAAUGCCUACGCUCAGUGUGGCAAAAUUAGAAGCAGAUCAUAUGACGAAAACGGAGAAAGCUGCAUGGACAAGUUUUCGCGAUGUUUGCCAAAAUUUUCUAGGGAAUAAGAAGAGCCCAAAUUACAAGAAGAUGGGUUACAGCUUUCUUCAAAAACACGAAAGUUAG